CUUUUUUGUUCUUUUCUUCUUUUUUCUCAUAAGAAAAAUGGCGGACUCUUCCACAUGUUUCUUGUUUUAGUCGGCGGAGCUUCUUAAGCCAUUUUGUGUGACUUUCUCAUCCUGUACUCGGUAUUUCGUCCUCGUUUUCUCUUUUGGGUCCAUUUCCCUUUUUCUUUCUGUUUUUACUUAAAGAAGGUCUUCGAUUAAUCAAAGAUCGAAGCUCUCAUCUUUUGCGGUCAUGGGCAUAUGGGAUUCUUUCCUCAACUGGCUUCGCAGCCUGUUCUUCAAACAGGAGAUGGAAAUAUCUCUUGUUGGACUUCAAAAUGCAGGCAAGACAUCUCUAGUUAACUCCAUCGCCACUGGUGGCUACAGCGAGGACAUGGUUCCAACUGUUGGGUUUAACAUGCGUAAAGUGACAAAGGGAAAUGUAACUAUCAAAAUUUGGGACGUCGGAGGACAGCAUAGGUUUCGUUCCAUGUGGGAGCGUUACUGUCGUGGUGCCUCUGCUAUUGUUUAUGUGGUUGAUGCUGCCGAUCGAGAUAGUGUUCCUAUAUCCCGGACUGAACUCCAUGAUCUCUUGACAAAGCCUUCACUGACCAGUAUCCCAUUGCUUGUACUUGGAAACAAAAUUGACAAACCAGAAGCUCUUGCCAAGCAGUAUCUCAUGGACCAAUUGAGUCUUCAAACAAUCAAGGAUAGAGAGGUCUGCUGCUAUAUGAUCUCUUGUAAAAAUUCUGUAAACAUUGAUGUUGUUAUUGAUUGGCUUAUUAAGCACGCCAAGACAACAAAGUGAAGCUUGUAGCCAAAGUAACAUGUAAAGCUGGUGUUUUUCACUAUUUUCAUAAAAUAACUAAAAUAUGAAACAAUUUUUUUAAUGAUUGGCUUUUCAACAAUAAAUACACACAAAUAGGGCAUGUAUCAUCUACACGACCACACUGUGUGUAGGACUGUAAGUAGCAAAAACAGACAGAAAUAAAAAUGUGAGGAAAAAGUUGAGAUAAGCAGUUGCCCUGGUAAGAAGAUAGAUGGCUCUCUGUUUCCAAACAAUAGUUGCUUGAUCUUUUAUUUCUCUCAGGUUAUGUUUCGUGUGAUGGAUGAGUGAUGUAAUUUUUACCCAUUAAAACAUUUUCUUGUUUUUUAAUAUUUUACAAAUUUGUUUUAUUUUGGUUAGUCUUCAAUGUGUCGGAGGUGUCCAUUUUAAAUGAUGUGUAUAGGUAUUAAGAUGAUGUCUAUGUGAAAUGUGAAUUACUACUAAAUGAUAUUACGUAUUUGUAUACGAGUUUGUUUAUCUUGUGCUGAAUAAACAAUUUGAGUUGAAUUUAAUAAUCAAUUUAAU